UUAUAAGCAGUGCUCAAAACGCCGCGCAAAUGGCCACUAGCUUAAUGAAGUCGUCGCUGGCGCUGCAUGCGGCGCCACGCCCGCGCUCGGUCCGGCUGUCGGCUACGAGCAGCCGUGUGGACUCCCCGCAAGUUUCGGUAGUCCUUGGCACUCAGUGGGGCGAUGAGGGAAAGGGCAAGCUGGUGGACAACCUCGCGCAGCAAUUUGACAUCGUCGCGCGCGCCCAGGGUGGUGCCAACGCGGGGCACACCAUUUACGAUGAGACCGGUCGCAAGUUCGCGCUGCACCUGGUUCCGUCGGGAAUUCUGAACCCUAAGGCGACGUGCGUUAUUGGCAAUGGCGUUGUCCUGCACCUUCCGGGGCUGUUCGAGGAAAUCCGCCGCCUCAAGGAGAAGGGCGUGCAGGUGGACGGGCGGCUGCUGGUUUCGGACCGCGCACACCUGCUAUUCGACCUGCACAAGGAGAUCGACGGGCUGCGCGAGGCGGAGCUGGCGGGCGACGGCAAGCAAAUCGGUACCACCAAGCGCGGUAUCGGGCCAGCGUACAGCUCGAAGGCGACGCGUAACGGGUUGCGUGUGUGUGACCUGUUUGACCGCGCGACCUUCAAGACCAAGCUGACCAACCUGGCUGCGGAUGGCGCGAAGCGGUUUGGGGAAAAGUUUGCGUAUGACGUCGAGGGCGAUAUCGCCGCCUACGAGAAGCUGGCGGAGGAGAUUCGCCCCUUCGUGGUGGACACGGUGGAGUAUCUGCACGAGGCGCUACAGAGCGGCAAGCGCAUCCUGAUUGAGGGCGCCAACGCGACCAUGCUCGACCUGGACUUCGGCACCUACCCCUACGUCACCUCAUCCAACCCCUCCAUUGGCGGCAUCGCCACCGGCCUGGGCCUGCCGCCGUCCUCGUACGACGACAUCGUGGGCGUGGCCAAGGCCUACACCACGCGUGUGGGCGCCGGCCCCUACCCCACUGAAAUCCACGGCAAGCUGGCAGAGGACCUGCGCGCGGUGGGCCACGAGUACGGCACCACCACCGGCCGCCCGCGCCGCAUCGGCUGGAUGGACAUUGUGGCGCUGCGCUACGCCUGCAAGAUCAACGGCGUGACCCAUAUCAACCUCACCAAGCUGGACGUGCUGGACAACCUGGAGGAGAUCCAGGUCGGCGUCGGCUACAAGACCAAGGAGGGCAAGAUGCUCAAGUCGGUGCCCGCGGACCUGCACACGUUGGAAAACGUGGAGGUGGUGUACGAGACGCUACCCGGCUGGCAGGCCGACAUCAGCGCCGCGCGCCAGUGGGCCCAGCUGCCGGCGGCGGCGCAGGCGUACGUGCAGCGCAUCGAGGACCUCAUAGGCAUCCCGGUCAAGUGGAUCGGCGUGGGCCCCGGCCGCGACGCGCUGGUCGUCAAGCCUGAGGCGCCCAAGAAGUAGACGAGAGGGGAGGGGAGGGGAGGCUGGCUGGGGGCAGGGGGGUCAGGCGGCAGCUAGGCGGCAGCAGGAGCAGAUGCGGUGCUUGUCGUGCAUCAGCAGAGGCGGUGCUGCCUAAGCGGCGGCCGUGAGGAGGAGCGGGGGGAAGGAGCGCAUCGGCGAUGGCGGUGUAUGGGACUAACGGGCCGCGGUCUCUAGAGCGUGUGUGAUUGGGGGAGGCUGCGCGCAGCGAACGGUGCGUAGGAGGAGUGCGGGCGGAGCACUAGUGUGUGCUGCAGACGGAGAUGUAUUGAUUGGUCCGGACAAGAGACAACGAGCGAGUGUGUCCUUUUGCGUACGCGUGCGUACUGAUAUACGUGUGGUGUGUAUGAAGUGCUUGAUACGGUAUGCGUGCACCGGUCGCGCUCCCUUGGUGGUUGAGCUGUAUGUCAGGGUAUAUGCGCUGUGUGUGGUGGUCCGGACCUUGGCGUGCAUGUGUAUACGACCUUGUAUUCGACGUUUUGGCCAGGGGCGCAUCCCUGACAACGUGUAUCCCUGACGUUGGGCCGUAAUGCACAGGCCCCGAGCUCCAGUAGUGGAGCUGGGGCGGGGGCUGGUUUUUAGGGACGUUGACGCGGCGUCUAGAAUGCGGGACAGGUGGAGAGGAGGAUCGCAAUGCAGUGGAGGCGGCGCUCCCUGAUAUACCGGGACAUGGGUUCGCAGCUGUAAAGCACACCGGCG